GUUUAUGGCUUAGAUUUGUUGCUUGUCGCGAAACCUAAUGAAUAUUGAAUAGAGAAAAUUUAGCACAACAAGCAUAAUAAUUAUUGUUUACCUUAAUCAGUGAUUUUUGUAUAUCCUUGAAUGUUUUAAUGUGUUCUACGAUGUCUUCUAUGGAUUUUGACUUCUAGCAAAAGAGAAAAGUGUUUUUGUGCCCUUUCUAGGACAGCCAGUGAAGUGACGCGCCAUUGUUGUGCUUAAGCCAAAUACAAUCUAUAAAUAAUUUGCUAACCAUUAUAGCAAUUUAUUAAACAAUUUUUUCCCUGAUAUUUGUGAUGUACCCGCAUCCCACCAGCGCGGAAGAAGAACAGACGACGAAUUUAAUACCAAGUGUGAAUCUUCUUCAUUCUAAGAGGAAAGGGAUAUUCAUACACCCGUCUGCUAUGUACAGAAGUAGUUCUCCGAAUUGCACGAUUACAAGCUUUAAUUUUAUUACAAGAAGUUUGAGUGGGUAAAGAGUCGAUAAUAAAAUAUAAACAUGAAACUCUUAGAGAGCGGACGCCUGGAGGCUCUGAGUAGUGCGCUGUCUAUCCUGAACGGUGACAGUGCUGUUCAAGGUCGGGUAGAGAGCUACAGCUGUAAAAUGGCAGGUGCUGAAAAAGCUUUCUACAAGAAGUUUACGGCAGAUGGAGAGACAACUCACAACCUCCAAGCACUAUCCCCACCAGAAGGUGUUACGUAUAGUCGAAGUCUAUCUGGUGAUGAAGAGGGUGUGCUGUGUGAUACAAUAUCUCGGAAGACAUUGUUCUAUUUGAUUGCUACACUGAAUGCUGCUUUUCCAGAUUAUGAUUUUUCAAUGGCCAAGAGCAGUGAGUUUAGUGCAGAGCCAUCACUGAGUUGGGUACAGGGGGCUGUCGAUGCAGCACUGUCUGCCGUAGGUGGUGUUCGUUGGAGACAAUUGAGACCAGCUCUAUGGGCUGCUAUAGAAGAAGAGGUACACUUGCCCGAAUGUCGCAUAUAUAGCUAUAACCCAGACCUGGCUAGUGAUCCGUUUGGUGAGCCCGGCUGUCUCUGGACAUUCAAUUAUUUCUUUUACAACAAGAAGCUAAAAAGGAUUGUUUUUUUUACAUGCAGAGCUAUGAGCCCUGUUUGUGCGGAUUCCGGAGUGGACUUUGCUAUGGAUGAAGACGAAGAAUAUAAUUAAAUAAUUUCUUAUUAUUUUUCUAUGUACCGGUUUUAUGAUUUGAUCUAUUUUCUACUAUAAUGCUGUUAAAGGUUACAUCAAACUAUAGUGCAAGUUCUAUACAAUAAAUAUCAAUUUUAUAUGUAAUAUUAAUCAUAGCUAUAAUUCUAAAGUUAAAAGGUCAGAUGGAUAGUAUUUGUUUUUUGCCCACUGACCUGAAGCUAAUAAGUCUAUGUUAUUUUAUCAACUAGAAUAGUACCUGAAGGUGUUCAGAUAAAAACAAAUAAAACAUAAAUUAACCUAAUUUUAUGAAUGUUUAAAUAUUCAUAUUAAUAAUUAUCUAUAUUUAGUAAAGAAAUUAUAUUAAAAGUUUUAAUGAUUGGGAUGUACUUUAUGAAAAACAAUAUUAAAAUGAAGAAGUAGGAACAGGAUUUAUGUUUAGAAUAUUAUUUUGAUAAUUGGCUCUUGGGAUAAUUAAACACCCAUAAUAGAGUAUUUAUAUUAUGUAUGUAAUCCUGUUUUCAAUAUGAAUUAUAAUAUUAAUUCAAAAUGUUUCAUGAUGAUGGUUUAUUUGUACAUAUUUAAUGUACAAAAUUAUCAUUUUUUUAAUAAAUAAGAUUUUUGGAUUCUAAUAAUACCUAUUGUAUUGCACCUAGUCCAAUUAAGGUACAAAAAGAUAAACGAUCUCGAUAUCUUUGCACAACAAAUAUAUUUAUGGUAAGAUAUAAGUGACAAUACUAUCUGAUUUUGAUUCAUUUAUGUUUAAUUUUUAAGAAAUAGUCAUAGAUGAACACCAUUAGCAAUGACAUACAUGAUUAAUAAACAUGCACAGUUCAUCAUAAAUAUGGGAGGAAAUCUAAUUAAUGCUUCAUUAAUUGCAAGCAAUUAUAUUUUUAUCCAUUGUAGUAGGUAAUAUUCACUAUGAAUAAUCUGUUUCUGCAACAUAAUUAUUGUUGGAAUAAUAAUAUUCUCUUGAAAAACUCGUUUAGCAACCGAAUGUCACUAAUACUUUUAAUAUGCAAGAUGUAUUUUGAUUUGAAAACCAUCGAGGUCUGAAGUGAAUGACGUUUGAAAGAUUUAGCAAAAUAUUUGACGAUCUUAUUCGUGAAUAGGCAUGUAAUUUUACUAUUUAGGAUAGUUUUUGGUGUUUCUAGUAAAAUUUAAUGUCACUAAAUCCGCCUAUAGAUUUUGGGCGUCACCUUUACAUUUGUAUUAAUCUUAGUUGCAUAUUUUUAAAUAAAAGGUUUCUUCAGUUCUGAA